GAAACGUCAACAUUAGAAGUAGCUAUACCCCGCGUAAAGUGGGAAAUACGGUAUAAGCUGUUCCGACCACCUUCCCCGUCCCGUGGAUCAAGGUCUUCAAGUCAAUUGCGUCGAGUCUUCAACUUCUCUCACAAUGGCGCAAGAUCCUGUGCAGCAGCCCGAGGGCCCUUCAGCUGCUCAGCUGGUACUCUCACAAAAUGUCACCCCCAGUGAACCCAGGGAAUGGCCCGAGGCGAUCCCGCAACCUCACUGGGUGGAGAAUCCGCCAAGGACCGAGUGGAGGCGGAUGGUCCGAUGGGGCAUGUGGCGGUUCCGUGAAACCGGCGAGCAUAUGAAUCUCAGCACCUUCCAGUUCCCUUGGUGGGCAGCAGACUUCCCCCCGUUCAUCCCGCCCCCCGGCAAGUACAACGGCCCGAGAGUCCCGACAGGAUACAAGCCCGCCCCUGACGGGAACGACGGGGAGGCACCGGCUGAGGACUUUUUCAAGGCGAACAAGUUUGAAAAAUUCACAGAGCCCCCACAACCGCUGACGGAUUCGCCUUUUUUGGCACAGGCCCCACGAGAAAUCGUUACCUUCCUCGAGAAUUACUACCGGCUGAAGUUUGUCAAGGUGCUCGGCUGGGGAGGUGAGGGUAUCGCGAUUCUUUUCGUAUACUCAAGAGAGGAUGGGACGUGGUACUUUGUGGCCAAGGCCCCUAUCGACCAGGAGGGAUGGGAUGGUCUGAAGAGGGAGGAGGCUUUUCAGCGCAAGUUCACGGGCGCUCGGCAUAUCGUUCAGCUUGUGCCGCUGGAAUGGUUUUUACAACCCGAUUUAGAGGAUCUUGGAAUGGACCUGCCACUACAGCUUGAUCUCGACAAUCCUCACCCGCCAGAUGUUGAGGUCGCCCCGGCGGUGAUGCUGUCGGAAUUCCUCCCGAGCGGAAGUCUUGCCAAGCUGAUCAACGCUUUGAAUCUGAAGCCGCAUCUCAAGCCGGUGCCCAACUACUUCGCCUGGAACAUCUGGCUCUGCAGUAAGUGAAUUUCUCGUUCCACGGUAGACCCAAGGGCACUUACCUUGCAUAUAUUAGUGGUGAGAUCGCUCGUGGAAUUCAAGUACAGCCCGCAAGAGAACAAAUAUGAUCCGGGCGACGGCUUCCCGGUGUCCAUCACAUUCGACGAUGUGAUAUCGGGAAAAAAAGACAACAUUCAUUUUGACCUUGAUCCUGCCAACUACAUAUUUGGUGACCGUGGGGUCGGCUGGACCGAUGAUCAACACUACAUCGCGCCCGUUCUCAAAAUGGCCGACUUUGGCGCCUCUGAGACUAUCGAACAGGACGUUUUGUUCAAGAAUCCCUUCAAAAUGUGGGAAUAUCGAGUCCGUGGCAAGUUCUCGUACUGGGCCCCUGAACAGUUCUCAGAAGAGUGGGAUUAUGUCGAGGCACUGCCACACGAUAUAUUACCUCCAGACCACGUUGUUGCGGGAAAAUAUUCCUGGAAGCUCAAUCUCUGGCAGGCCGCUCAGUCUAUGGUUACGCUUCUGACGGGAAUGUACCCAGAGUCACCACCCAUUCCCACAUGGAUGGAAUUCGGUCAGGUGGAGGGAUGGGGCUACGGUGCCUACGUCUUGGAAGGGUUGAAGCCAUACGUUGACCCUCGCCUCACAAACAUCUUGGCGCGCUGCAUGAUGGAAAACCUGGAUCACCGACCUGAUAUCGGCGAGCUGCAAGGCGAAAUGGUGGCCAUAUUGGCAUAUUAUCGACAUCUCGGGCAGCAAGAAGGUAACCCGGACGAGACGGACUGGCCAAGGAACUGGCACAAAGCUCCAUAUGAGGAGCAGACACCAUGGGCAGAUAGACAAUUGCAUGCAUGGGUAGAUGAAGUUCUUUACCAACCCGCAUCGGCGCCGGCUCCUGGUGUCCCCCCUCCGGCAGACGACGGGGGACUAAGUCCAGCACAAAUGGAGGAUGCUCAAGUUAAAGACGUGCAACAAGAGUUGAGCGAGUCUCAGCGGGAAGAACUAUUUGACAAGUGGGCCGACAAGAAGAGCCAGGCGUUUAAGGAUAGGCUGGAUGCCAUGCAGGAGGCCCAAGCCACGAAGAUGUACGAGAGAUGGUGGAACCCAGCCCUGGAAAAGACAGAGACGUACAAACGGCAAAAGGAAUGGAAACGAUGGCUCAAAACAAGACCUCCAGCUGAGCAACAGGCCGCUUUCGAAAGCUGGCUCGCCAGGAGAGUGAAGGACGAAGAACAGGAGAGGCGAUUGCAGGCCUACAUCAAGCACCGUGAUUGGAAGCGGGAGGUCAAUCUGCUCUGGGCUUCCAGGCCCGCCGACCACCCUCCAGAAAUCUACUACUCCUGGGUGUUGCAGAUGGCCAAGAUGGAAGCCACUCGGCCACACACGGAUGCCUACAUUACCGACUGUGUUGAGCAGAUCAACGACUAUGUCAAGCAGCAGCAUCAGGACAUGAUUUCCCAGCUCGACAAAAGGGCAACGAGGCGUAUUGCAGAACAGCGAGAUAUCAUAAGACAAUCGGGUCAGCCGGAUCUGACACCCCUGGAAAUACAAGUGAUAAGGCGUUACUACGAUGAGGACAUUCCGAUAUAUCUUCCCACGCUAGGGACUAGUCUCUCAAGGCGUAUCUACCGACUGCAGAAGGAGAUCUUUGGCCAAGACUGGCAUACUGGGAAGUCCAGUCAGAUGAUCAGCCCAUUCCGUUCGAUUCCUUCCCUGAUGAAGCAGGACCGAAUCGUACCUACUCCUGUUUUCUACCCCGGUCCGAGAGUGGCUCCACCUCCCACUGGUCGCCGUGGCAGUCGCGGUGCUCCACCUCCGACCCAGAUUGGACAGAACGAUGUCAAGGACGCCAGGAGAGCGCGGCGGGCAAACAACCGAAAUCUCGAUCGCGUUUCUGAUCUAGGUGUUGGGCCUAGUACCGUUUCUGCAGCGGCCCCUCCGGCUAUCACCAUAACAGCCUCUAGUCCUACAGCUCCUCUAGCUGCUAGCCCUGCGGUUGCCAUUAUUCAGGGGCGGAUGCAAGACAUGGGGUUGGCAGGGCCAGCAGCACCACCACCUCAGCACUUCCAGGCGCCCCAUUUUGGAAAUCCAAUCCUUCCUAUGCCGGAGUUGGAGAACCCCAGAUUCGGAGCACCCAUGCUGCCGCCCAUCGGACAGCCAGGAACAGGACUAUCGCUGUGGGACCCGGACGCAGCUCCAACUCGAUUCGCUGGGCCCCUGGCGCCGGGCGUUCCGGUUCCGUCACAGUAUCGACAUCUUGUCCAGAAACAGCCUCUUCCUCCCGCGCCAUUCCCAUACUGA